GGUUCCCCCACUGGAUCCGGCUCAGUUCAAAACCGGACACAGGCUCAAACGUACCUCGAAUUUUAUACCUUUCUGGAAAAAGAGACCGAGUCCAAUUUGCAUUUUCUUUUUUUAAGAUGAAAGCGAAAAAAUUCGUGUUCAAAAAACACUUUGAGGGUGUACCAAAGAAGACGGACUUCGAGCUGGUCGAGCAAGACCUGCCGCCGGUUAAAGACCGAGAAGUUCUAUUUGAAGCGUUAUUUAUUAGUGUUGACCCUUAUAUGAGGGCAAUAUCACCCAAGCUGCCUACAGGGAUUACUAUGAUCGGCACACAAGUAGCAAAGGUCUUAGAGAGCAAACACCCUGAUUAUAAAAAAGGCGACCUCGUCCUUGGCCCUUUCGGCUGGGUCACACAUACAGUGCAAAACCCGGAUGAAGUCUUGUCACCAUUUGGCGAAAAGACCAAACCUUAUGUCCUGCCUGAUCUGGGCGGGUUUUCGCCAUCGACUGCACUCGGAGUUUUAGGAAUGCCUGGAAACACAGCUUGGUUUGGAUUGACAGAACUAUGUAAACCGAAAUCCGGCGAAGUCCUCGUAGUCAGCGGAGCUGCCGGAGCUGUCGGAUCAUUGGUUGGCCAGAUUGGAAAAAUUCUUGGCCUUACUGUUAUCGGUUUUGCCGGAUCCGAUGAAAAGUGCAAAAUGCUCGUAAAAGAGUUGGGCUUUGACUAUGCCUUUAACUACAAGACAAAACCAGUACCGGAGGCUUUGCAGGAAGCAGCUCCAAAUGGCGUCGACUGCUAUUUUGACAAUGUUGGAGGAAGGAUGAGCAAUGAUGUUAUGAACCACAUGAACAUGUUUGGAAGGGUGGCCAAUUGUGGUUCGAUCUCUGUGUAUAACUCUGACCCCAAGGACCCUCCACUGGCUCCUGUUUUACAACCGACGAUCGUCAUGAAGCAGUUGACCCUACAGGGGUUUAUUUCGAGCAGGUGGAAAGACCGUUGGUUCGAGGGGAUUCAGAAAAACUUACAGUUUAUGAAAGAGGGAAAACUAAAAUUUAAAGAGACAAUGGUCGAAGGAUUUGAAAACAUGUUUGAAGCAUUUACCAUGCUGUUUACUGGAGAAAACAUUGGCAAAACCGUAGUCAAAGUAUAGUUAUAACAAUUCAUUUUUGUAAAUGCAUUUUGAUUAAAUUUAUAAAUAAAAUAUAUUUGUUUUAAAAAAA